AUGGCCUACAACGAUGAUGCCGUGCUGGCAAGGCUCUCAGCCUUAAAUGACAGCCAUGACAGCAUCGCUACUGCAGCACAAUGGAUCAUGUUUCACAGGAGACAUGCAGACCGUACAGUGCAACUGUGGGUGCAACGUCUGAGAGACUCCUCAGCUUCAAAGCGCCUCAGUCUCGUUUACCUUGCAAACGAGGUCGCUCAGCAAUCACGAAUUCGCCACAAAGAAGAUUUUAUCUUGGCAUUCUCCCCCGUUAUUGCGGAAGCAACAGCGAUUGCCUACAAAGGUGCACCUUCGGAACUCCAAGGGAAGAUAAGGAGGGUCGUGGAUGUAUGGAAGGACAGGACGAUUUUCGAGGCGCCCAUUCAAGAGGCGAUUGAUUCUCGCCUUGGAGAACUUGACAAGGCUAGAGGCACUGCCAAGCCAGCGUUUGGAGGCUCGCCAUUUGGAGGAUCGUCUAUGCCUUCAGAAUUCGCGCCAUUGAUUUCUGCGCAUCAGUCAGUUGCCAAAUUGAGUGGCCCGCUCAAGGGCACCGUUUCCGCAGCAGACCAGGAGUAUGAGAAGCAAACAGAUACUUCAACACCUGCUCCAUCUGCGCCAGUCUAUGCCGCUCGUCUUCAUGGUCUCCUCAAGACUUUGGCAAGUGCGGAGGUUGCCGUGGCGGAAUGUGUGAAGGCACGAGAAGGCCUUAUCUCGGGUCUGGAAAAGCUCUUGGACACGCACCGCACAUCACUCGAGGCAGACAAGGCUUCUGCCAGCAGACUGGCCAAGCGCAAAUCAGAAAUCGAGGAAAAGAAGCAGGUGGUGGAAUUGGCAAUUAUGCAGGCCUUGGGCUCUGGCGAGCAAAAUGGAUCCCCAGAUGAAACGGGACUGGACAACGAAUCUACCGAGCCAGAGAGGCCAAAGAUGGAAGCCCUCACGCCCCCAAAGAUGGAAGCCCUCACGCCCCCAAAGAUGGAAGCCCUUACGCCCCCAGCUAUGGAGGCUCUGACCCCUCCCUCAGCUGAAGCGGCACCUGUUCAUGCCGAUUCCAGUCUGGAGACCGCACCAGCUUCGACUACUACCAUUCCCCGGCAGAGUCUCCCCAUUUACUUCAGCGAGUCCAACAAGAGGCGGCGUAUCGACGACGACGGCGAAUUUCCCGACUUGGGUAACGACGAUGGGAUUGAUGCUGAUGUUGCCGAAAUGUUGAAAUAA